AUGGAUAGUGAGACGCAAGGCGCUUCGCAGGCUCCGAGCACGACAGAUCCAGAGGCCAUGGCGGCAUACCGGUUGCCGUGUGACGCUGACGUUCCGAUAUGGUUUGAUGAGGUCGAAAAGUUGUUUGCAUCUUUUCGAGUACCAGAACACAGCCGGGUACAUUUGAUCAUGCCGGCGCUGGCCGAGCGGGUUCGUUAUUUGUUGCGUGGCCUCAAUGACGAGGAAUGUACAGAUUAUGAUACUGUAAAGAAGGCGGUAUUAGAUGAACUUAAGCUCACGCCAGCUAAAUACUUGGAGAGGUUUGAAAAGGUUUCUAAACGAAAGGAGGAAACUUGGGCUCAGUUCGCGUCCCGCGCUAGAACCUAUUUGGCCUAUUACCUUCAGUCUCGCACUGCAAACACCAAAGAAGCUAUGACGGAGCUUAUGGUCGCUGACCGUAUGAAAGCUAGUCUAAGCUCAGAAGCCCUAGAAUAUGUUCUUUUGCGGGAAGGCGAAGAUUGGUUUAAGCCAGUGGAGGUGGCGAAAGUGCUCGAGACUUUCGAGCAAGCUAAAGGGAAAGGACGAGCAACUAAGCUAGCCUCAACAACCUCAUUGCCGCAGCACGCAAAACUAGCUGGCCCGCAGAGGACAAAUUUAAGAUGCCACGUGUGUCAUAUACAGGGCCACCUAGCCAGAGACUGCCCAAAAGCUUCAGAUAAAGAACCGCAGGGGAAGCCACCGACAGUGCAAAAACAAAGGGUACAGAAGGUUGCUGUUGUAAGUGAAGAACCUCCACCAGAGCAAGAAAGGGUGCUAAGCGCUAGAGUACAUGUCGUAGCUCAAAAUGCUAGCUCGGGGAGGUCGAAGCUGGACCUAAUCCCUAUCAUGUGCGGGGAUAUAGCAACGGAAGCUGUGUUGGACACAGGUAGUGAGAUAACGGUAGUCCGUAAAAGUAUGUUGCCCAUCGAUUUACAGGAGCCAUCACGAACAGUAAGACUUGAGUCGGCAUUCGGAAACACCAUUCGAGCUAAGCUAGCUACGCUGCCCGUAGGCAUGCAUCGCCCGGGGGCUGUGAUACAACCGCAGAGGAUCGAUCUGGUGUGCGCGGUUACCGACGAACUUGCAAACGGGGUUGACUGCCUGCUGUCAAAGGAAGAUUGGGAACUACUACGGGCGCAGGAAAAAGAGGAGUUUGGAGAGGAAAAUAUUCCGCGGGCAGGGGUCCGAUCAGUCGAAAUGGUCGAUAACACUGAGCCGGACUGCGGUCUAAGUUGCGAAGAAACGACAGAUGAAAUCCCUAAAUUCCAAGGGAAUAGUUUGAUGCAGGAUGUCAAUGGGGUGCCCAGUCAGCGGGAGCUAGAACUAACCGAGAGUGUAGCUGAGUUGACAGGCACCGAGUGCCAGAGCAAAUAUGCUCUAGUUUACGAUAGGAGGGCACGGACAAAAGAAUUUAAUGUCGGGGACCAAGUACUCCUCUUUGACACAGGUUGGGCACUCAAGAAAUUUGACUACUGGCUUUUCGGAGCAGUGGUGAAUGUUGUCUCUGAUCAUAACCCACUAUCAUAUUUGACAACCAGCACCCCCCAGGGGGCCAAGUUAGCAAGAUGGGCGCUUUCACUACAGCGCUACAAUGUAACGGUGCGUCACCGGAAAGGAACAUGUAACGCCAAUGCUGAUGCAUUGUCAAGGCUCUCGAAUCGUUCGUGGGAGCCAAUCGAGUAAAGAGCAGGAAAGAAAGGAUAGACAGAAACAGCCAUGCCAGCUGGGACAGGCGUGAAUGUUCCCGUUCACCCGAAGGAUGUGUGCGUGGGACAGUUCAGCCUUGGUGGAACUUUCUGUGGCUGUUGUCGUCUAUGUGUGUGAGGGUUAUAAGACUAUGGACAUACUAUGUAUAUAACCUGCAUAUGUUACUUUGCUGCUGUUGUGCCGUGCAGUGCGUUGGAGUGUUCCUGUACAUACAUGAGUGUUUCUUUUGCAUGCUCACUGUCAUGAAUGUGUUGAGCUUUCGCCUUUUUUUUUUUCGCUGAGAGAAAAUUGUUUUUUCUCUGUGGUCCUUUCAGUUAAUUUUCCUGUUCCUUACGGACUCCGCAGCACCCGUGUUGGGCAGCGUAUGUCGAU